AUGGCGAGCCUUUUGCUUACAAAGCUCAUGCGAUUGGAAGUGGUGGGUGCCAUUGAAGAAAUAAGAGUAGGUCUGUGUUCAUCUUCAAGCGUCUUUUUUCUGUCUCGACUUGUUCCGGUCACUGGCAACCACCUUAGUUUCUUUGUCUCUCUCUAUCUCUCCAUAAAUCCCAUUUCCCUUGUAUGUCCUUUGUUUCUCUUCUUUCUUCUUUUUCGUCCUUCUUCUUUUCGUUCCUUCCUUCCAUCCUUCUUUCUUUCUUUCUUUAGUUGGACCCAUUCAAACACUUUUGAUUGUCUGUCUGUCUGUCUAUCUAUCUAUCUAUCUCAGUCUAUUCAUAUCUAUCUAUCUAUCUAUCUAUCUAUCUAUCUAUCUAUCUAUCUAUCUAUCUCAGUCUAUUCAUAUCUAUCUAUCUAUCUAUCUAUCUCAGUCUUUUCAUAUUUAUCUGUUUAUCUCGGUCUGUUCAGAUCGAUCUAUCUAUCUCAGUCUAUUGAUAUCUAUCUAUCUAUCUAUCUAUCUAUCUAUCUCAGUCUAUUCAUAUCUAUCUAUUUAUUUCCGUCUGUUAAGAUCUAUCUAUCUAUCUAUCUAUCUAUCUAA